UUUCGAAUAUCUCACAUCCCAGAAAGCGUUUGAGUGGCAGUCACUUAAAGUAGUCCAAUUCAGGACAGUCUUCCUCUGCGUUUCUACCGCAUGCCAGGGCUCCAUAGUUUUUGUUUCCUUUUAACAGGACAGAAAUGUAAAUGUUAACGGAUUUAGACCAAGUUCACGUCAGUGCAGUCAUGACGUACAACUAGACGAACAACCAAACAUCGAGCAACUACUUGAGGUGGUUUAUUACCGCAGUUUACUACCAACAGUUAAAUUUUGAACUUCGGAGUAAUGUCAAAAUAUAUAAAUCAGGUUGGCACAAAGACCACCAAGAUGACGUUAGUUAUACCUAACAACAAGCAACAGAUCUAUAUUCGGGAAACCCUAAAUGAAGACCUCAACACUCGCGACCGUGACCUCGAGGCCAUCAAAACUUGGUUACGUCAAGAACCGCAUCUGCCCGAUACCUGGGACGACAUAUGCCUCCUGAAUUUUCUCAGAGGAUGUAGCUUUUCAAUUGAAAAAUGUAAAAGAAAAUUGGAUAUGUACUUCACCAUGAGAGCCGCCGUUCCAGAGUUUUUCACUAAUAGAACGAUCAUGAACCCAGGAAUAAAAGAUGUGAUCGAAAAAACGAAUAUGAUUUGUCUUCCGGGAUUAACACCCGACUGCAAGAGAGUGAACAUCGCUUGCAAUGCCCUGGCAUAUGAAUCCAUCAGCUUUGCAGAUGCGACUAAACUUAUAACAAUGAUAGGUGAUGCCAGACUUUUACUUGAAGAGCAUGGAGUUUCUGGUGAUGUCUACAUUCUGGACGCUGAACUUCAGCUUCUCAAACCAUUUAUAAAAAAUUCACCCAUUCUCUUCAAAAAAUUUUUUAUUUGUGUACAAGAAGCUUAUCCGGUGAAAAUUAAAGAAAUCCACAUCAUCAAUCCUAAUUCCUUCGCGACUAUUAUAUUGAACGCAGUACGACCAUUCUUGAGCGAAAAAAUAAGAAAUAGAAUACACAUUCACCACACAAUGGAUACUUUGUAUAAAUUUGUUCCGAAAAGUAUGUUGCCUGACGAAUAUGGAGGUACUGCUGGAAAAUUGCGUGACUUGAAAGAAAAUUGGUUAGAAAAAGUAAACGAAUUUAAGGAGUGGUUUAAGGAACAGGAGCAUGUGGUAGCGAACGAGAGUAGGAGAAUUGGACAUCCGUUAAAUAGUGAAGAUUUGUUUGGAAUAGAAGGAAGUUUUCGACAGUUGACUAUCGACUGACGUUACAUAAGUGAUUAGUAGUAAUAUAACGGAGAUAGUUAAUUUAUAGAGCGAAGACUAGAAUCGGUUAGCGGAUCUAAAUCGAUAUUUAUAUCGGCACCUGUAUUUAAUUUGUAUUAAAUUUUUUACCAAAA